CCGGCCCCGCGGCAGCAGCAGCAGCAGCGCAACAGAAGACAGCAGACGACAGCGGCUGCAGCAUGGCGGUGUUCGCGGCGCGCGUUCCCAGGAGGAUGAACAGGUGGCACUUGGCGUGGGUGGGCAAGACGAUGGCGGCGGCUCUGGUGGUGUGGCUCGUGGUGGCGACGGGCGUGGUCCGCAUCGAAGUCCCGCGCAGCCCCCUGUCGCCCGGCGCCGUCGCCAACGCCACCCCGUCGUCGCGCGCCGCCUUCGCCAACUCUCCCACGCCGGUCGCCGCCGCCAAAGCCGCGCAGGAAACGAAGAACACAGUGCCGCCGAGUGUUCUGCACGGCGCUAUGAAGCAAGUCUCCAACGUCCCUUUGGAAUUCUGGGCCAAAUACUCUGGCAAGACGCUGCAGCUGAACAAGACGUGCGCGAAGUUUCCUAGUGUUCUAGAAUUGGACUUCAACAACCUUUACUGGCAAAGGACGGUGACCAGCAACGGUACCGUGUAUCUCUUCAGUGCUUACGUUGACGUUCGCAAACAAAACAAGCAAGCGCCGACCGUCCGGCUUAUCGGUAUGAUCGACAGGAUCGAACCUAAGACCAAACUGACCUGUCAGCUCUGGUUCGAAGGGGAGAAGGCUCCCGUCUUCUCCCAGGUGUACGAGUACAAGUACAUGUGGAACGCGAAGUGGGGCAACCACAAGCAAGGCAUCCUGCAGCCGUACCUGAUCAGCUGCAAAGUGCCGGAUUCCCACAAGUCCAAAGUGCCGGCAGUAGUGUCCGUCGUGGAACACCAGUGCGACACGGCCACGGCCAGUCUGCGGAUAAGCCACGAGAAGCCGGAGAAGAAGAAGGGCUUUGCCGUGUGCGUCAAGGGGCUGGACUUCAAGCACGCAGACAUGACCCUCCGCUUGGUCGAGUGGAUCGAGUUGCUGGGCAUCCUCGGAGCCGACAAGGUGUACCUGUACGAGCUGCAGACGCAUCCCAACAUGAGCCGCCUGCUGAGGUACUACGAGGGCACGGGACAAGUGGACGUGAAGCCCCUGACGCUGCCCGCUUUCCAGCCCAACGUGCACCCGCUGCAGCACCUGUACCUCACCAGGAAGCUCGUCCACAAGCGCCAGAACGAGGUCAUACCGUACAACGACUGCCUGUACAGGAACAUGUACAAGUACGACUACAUAGCGCUGCUGGACACGGACGAGGUCAUCGUGCCCGUAAAGGCGCUCGAUUGGCACGAACUGAUGCGCUCCAUCGAGUCCGACGCCACGAAAACCAAGCAGCCGGACUCUUACAACGUGCGGAACGUGUACUUCUUCGACGACGCGAAGCACGCGCACGGCUGGUUCGCAGACAUCCCGCCCUACAUGCACAUGCUGCAGCACGUGUACCGCGCCAAGAACUUCACGAAGGCGGGCCAGUUCGUCAAGUGCUUCCACGACACGGAGAGGGUGCUGGCGCUGCACAACCACUUCCCGUUCCACUGCCUCGGCUCCUGCCACUCGUUCUCCGUGCCGACGGAGGCGGCGCAGCUGCAGCACUACAGGAAGGAUUGUGUGAACCAGCUGAAGAACACGUGCAACGACUACCGGACUAACGUGCUGACCGACACGACCGUGUGGAAGUACAAAGAGGAGCUGAUUGCGAGGACUGCAGCCGUUCUCGACGCUAUAGAUUACACGGCGUAGCUGUAGUGGUCGCACUGCGCUCCUUUCCUGCAGCCAGUGCUCAGAGGUGGACAACAGACCUACAGAGUGGUCCGGCGAACUUACUGUGGCUACGAAAGCGCCUGUGCUAUAUUUAUUCCAAAGAGGAAAAGACUGAGUUUCGCUUCCUAAAUAGAGAAAGUGCUAGUUUCGCUACAUUAAAGUGCACGUGAUUGUAGACCAAAGAUACUUAAUAUUCUGAGAAACUUAUUUGUGCUGUCCAACGUAAAAGUACAUUAUGUAUGAUAGUUUAAUGGAUCUUCAAGUAAACGAGCUUAUAUUUUUUUACAAAACUGGGAAAAGUAUUUGUGAUUUUUUUUAAGUUGUUACUUGACAAAUAUAAGCAUAGUUAAUAAUAAAUGAAAAGCACCAGUUUGCUUUUGUUCUACAAUAUUAUUUUUACUGCUAACCGGUUUUCGGCUUACAAGGCCAUCUUCAGGCAUUUACUGAGUAUUAUCACCAAAGAAGUUAAAUGUUAGCAGACCACAUUGGAAGAGAAGUAACACAUCUAGACUGAAGUAGAAACAUACAGUGAGUAACAUCUUUGCAAUGAAAUAGUAAAAACUGAACAGUACAUAACUAACAAUGGAGUUGACAGGAAAACCUUUAGCACAAAAUAAGAAUAGCAUGCCUACAUAACAGUUUCUAUUGAUAAACAAAACUAUUGAAAUAAGAUAAAAUUAGUACUAGGCAAGGCUGCAUCAAGAGGUAUGAAACAUGGAGAGUAAUACACAACCAAUUAAAAAAGAAGAGACAGUUGUCAAUGUAAAUACAGAAUACACGAGGAACUUAAGCCAUAUCAAUACAAUAAACAGAAAUUAAUAAAUGCAGGAAAAUUGAGGUGUUUGAGGGAAUCUACAGUUUGAGAGUGUGGUGGCACUGCAUUUUAACAUUAACAUUAUAAUCAAAGCAGUGGCUGUAUACCAGUUUACAUUAAAUAAAUGUGCAAAGUAAAAUAUGAACAGUAUUUGAUGAGACAACUACAAGGGGAGUUAAACAAGGACAGUAAUACAAGUACAAGUUAAAAGCAAACCCUUAACUAUUGAAACUACAGCAUAUGUGGAAUACAAAGACAACUGCAACAAAUAAAACAACUUAAUGACUACAGGAAAAUGGGAAUAUGUAGGAAGAGAGAGUGUGGAAAGUAAUGAACAACAAAGAUGAUUAUAUGAAGUUUAGGAGAGGGGAAGUGUUGAGUUGCGUCUGGUCA